GCUCCCGGCCCAGCCUGGCUCGAGCGCCCUUCCUGCCACCCGGCGCUGCCAUGAACAUGCCACAGUCCUUCGGCUCUGCGUCCAGCUUGGUGCCGGGUGAUGGCCUGCCCCCCGCAACUGCCAACGGCACCCAGCGCCGCAGCCCCGGCCCCGGCCCCGGCCCCGGCCCCGGCCCCGACGCUGAGCGGUGCUGGCCCAUCCGGCCGACGCUGCGCAAUGAACUGGACACCUUUUCGGUGCACUUCUACAUCUUCUUUGGGCCCAAUGUAUCGGUGCCACCCGAGCGCCCUGCUGUUUUUGUCAUCAACCUCCUGCCCGUGCUUGACAGCGGUGGUGUCCUCAACCUCGAGCUCAAGCUCAACGUGUCCUCCCUGUGGGGUGAGAACGUGACGGUCUUUGGGUGCCUGAACCACGAGGUGCCACUGACGUCGGGGGACAACAGCUCCGUCACCUGUGAGACAGAGUCCCUGGCUGGGUUCCUGCUGUCCGUCAAUGCCACCACCAACCUGAGCCGCCUGCGCAUCCCCUACCCCCAGACCGGGAGCUGGUACCUCAGCCUGCGCUCACUCUGUACCACCGACCGUGGGCUUGAGUCAUGUGCCAAUGCAACGGCAGAGGUAUAUCUGCGCACCUACCUCUCGCCCUGCAUCAAUGACUGUGGCACCUAUGGCCAGUGCAAGCUGCUGCGCACCAACAACUACCUGUAUGCCGCCUGCGAGUGCAAAGCAGGCUGGAAUGGCUGGGGCUGCACGGACAACGCGGAGGCCUUCUCUUACGGCUUCCAGCUGCUCUCCACACUGCUGCUCUGCCUUAGCAACCUCAUGUUCGUGCCUCCCGUGGCCAUUGCCCUGCGCAGCCACUACCUCCUGGAAGCCUCCGUCUACAUCUUCACCAUGUUUUUCUCCACCUUCUAUCACGCCUGUGACCAGCCGGGCAUUGUGGUCUUCUGCAUCAUGGAGUAUGACGUGCUGCAGUUCUGUGACUUCUUGGGCUCCCUCAUGUCCGUCUGGGUCACUGUCAUCGCCAUGGCCCGGCUCCAGCCUGUUGUCAAGCAGGUGCUGUACUUGCUGGGCGCCAUGAUGCUCUCCAUGGCCCUGCAGCUGGACCGCCACGGGCUAUGGAACUUGCUGGGGCCCAGCCUCUUCGCCUUAGGGAUCAUGGCCAUCGCCUGGACGGCCCGUAGCAUCCGCCGGCGCCACUGCUACCCGCCCACCUGGAAGCGUUGGGCCUUCUACCUGUGCCCGGGGGCGCUGAUCGCGGCAGCCGCCGUGCUGCUGUACGCCUUCGUGGAGACCGAGGAGAACUACUUCUACAUCCACAGCAUCUGGCACAUGCUCAUCGCCGGCAGCGUCGGCUUCCUGCUGCCACCCCGUGCCAAGCCCGACGGGCGCCUGGCCCCGCUGCCCCGCCGCAAGGGUUGUGGAUACCAGCUCUGCGUCAAUGAGCAGGAGGAGCUGGGGCUGGUGGACCCCGGCGCUGCCUCCAUCAACAGCAUCUGUGCCAGCUGAUGGUGCCUGCCUGCCCCCAUGGCACAGACCAGACUCACUGCC